CUCCGAUGGUCGAUUGCCCGCGAGGAAACCAGAGAGACGACAGAUAAAUGGCUGCAGACGACGGAGGAGGCUGCGCGGUGCUGGUUGUCGGCAACGGGCCGUCUGCUCUGGCGCUGUCUUUCCUGCUGAGCGGCCAUGAACCUCAGUACAAUGGCACACACUCUGAUCCGCGAGUGCACAGUAUGAUGGAGAAGACACCUUCGCUCUAUGAUGCCGUGCUCCACAAUCUCUCACUUCACAGACAUAUCGCGCAGACUCAGACGGGUGCCGCGUCGCCGAUUAAUGGGUUUCUGGACUCUCUCGCGGCUCCGGGGAUCGACUUUGAUCCGGCUGGGAAUCAGCCAUUACUCAGCUACAAGAAGCGGUCAGCAAUCCCCCAUCUCGUCGUCGGCUCGACCUUCUCGGCCGGUGGACAGUGGGCGGGAAAGGAUUCACCUUCGCAGACGCUGUCUUACGCAGAGAUGUUGUCACUUCCUGGGUACUCGUUUUCGCAGUUUGUGGUCGAGACCAGAGGUACUCCGAUCGACCCUUACACGCGGCCGUCGAGAGCCGAUGUCGCUGCUUACUAUGCGCUCUAUCCGUCCAAGGUUGGAAUUUCUGAAUUCGUCAGGGCAAAUUGCACUGUUCUCUCGCUGCGACGUCGAGAGUCACAGUUCUUCACAGUAACACUGCAAAACAAUGAUACUGGCUCUCUAACAGUCAUCACCACGCGAGCUAUCGUCCUUGCAACCGGCGUGUUUACACAUCUCGUGCCGCCGGAUCCUAUAUUGCACCCACUCAUGUCAUGGCAGCAGCAGCAAACGAACAACAAAACUCACACUAGCGACAGCGUGGAUGACGACGAUCCAAUUCUCGUCGUCGGCUCCGGAUUCAGUGCAGCUGACGCCGUUCUCUCAAUCCCCCGAAACCGAAAAGUCAUACAUCUCUACAAGUGGGAUCCGCUAACUCGGCCAUCCCCAUUGCGCGCUUGUCAUCGAGAAACUUAUCCCGAGUACGCCAGUCUGUAUCGUCUUAUGCGGCGCUCGGCAUCUGGCCAGUCGGUCUUGUCAGCUCAUCAUAAGCCCACGUUAGACCCGGUCGGCCUCUGCGGACGCUAUGAAGGUCUUCCAAACUGCAGAGUUGUCGAGGUGCCUUCGGUUGAUACCGUGCGAAUCCAGCUGGCGUCUGGGGCGACUGUAGAGAGGAAGAUCUCAAGACUAAAGACAUAUGUGGGGCGCCUCGGCGUGAUUUCUUAUCUGUCGGCAGAUCUGCGGAACGAGAUUGGUGUUGGCGCAGACCAAAUCUGGGUGUCAAAGCACACAUUGCUGUAUCGUAUCAGCAGCAGGAACGAUAGAUGGACGGCAUUGAAAGAUAGUGAAAAAGGAUGGCGGAUCGAGGAGACAAGACACAGUUUAGACACGCAGGCAGAGUUGGAGGAAGAUAGAUGCGAUAUCGUGUCGGACUACGCAGCGACACAUGGACUGGAGCUUACGAAUGGAGUGUUUGUGAUUGGAAGUCUGGUUGGCGAUUCUUUGGUUCGGUAUGCAUUGGGUGGGUGUGUCACUGUCGCAGGACAUCUUUUUGAGAGGUUUGAAGCGAUGACUUGUGAAUGACCUCUCAACUUUCUCUAUUGGAAUUUGGCGUUUGGUAAUUUGUUAUCCUUUUCUAGAGUAAAUUAAGAAAUAAUAGAUU